AUGGGCGAUGAAUAUGAACAACUUGGACCAGGCCCACUUGAUUUACCACCACCUCCAGGUGGACCACCACCUCCACCGCCAGCGUUUGCUCCACCACCCCCAUCGCCAGCGUUUGCUCCACCACCACCACCACCGCAAGGUGGUUUUUCAAAUCCUAUUUUUGGUCAUUCUGAAUCUGAGAAGAAGAAGGGAAAGAAGAUUGAUGAAAGAAGGGAGGGAUGGAAAGAAGAGUCGAGAGGUGGAAGGAAAGCGGACAAGAAAUCUAGCUCUAGCAGCAAUGCGAGUCACUCAAAACCUUCCUCAGAGAAGAGAAAAAAAUACAAAAGGGGAGGAAAUCUAUCGGAGUCGGAAUAUCUUGCAGCACCGCAGAAAAAGGGUUUCUGUAGCAUACCAUGCUUUUGUUGCGUGACAUUCACUUUCAUCAUUACGGUAGCGGUAGUCUUCGCAGCAGUUGUUGCACUUCAUGUUGGUGGGGUUGUUGAUUGGAUACCAGCUAUAAAUGAGACUUACACUGAGUUUAUGCUUAGAAAAGAAGAAGAUAAUUCACAGUAA